UGUGGAUGUCUGGUGACGCGCCCUCUGCUCUGGAGGCUGUCAGCUUCAUCGGACAAACAUUUGGCGCAGGCGCGGCACUGACAGUUGCUAUCUACUUACUCCGCAAAGCGUGUUUAAUAAUGGCCUGGAAAUCUGGAGGAGUCAGCCACGCAGAGCUUGUCAACAACCUCCGCAAAAAUGGCAUUAUUAAGUCUGACAAGGUCUAUGAAGUCAUGCUGGCCACAGACCGAGGCCAUUUCUCGAGGUGUAAUCCGUACAUGGACUCGCCGCAGUCAAUAGGCUAUCAAGCAACCAUCAGCGCCCCACACAUGCACGCCUACGCCCUGGAGCUCCUUCACGACCAGCUGUACGACGGGGCCAAAGCUCUGGACGUGGGCUCCGGCAGCGGCAUCCUGUCCGCCUGCUUCGCACGAAUGGUUGGUCCUAAAGGGAAAGUUAUAGGCAUCGAUCACAUCCAGGAGCUGGUAGACGACUCUAUAAACAAUGUGAAUAAAGAUGACCCCAGUUUGCUAACGUCGGGCAGAGUCACGCUAAUGGUGGGAGACGGGCGGAUGGGCCUCCCUGAGGAAGCUCCUUAUGAUGCCAUCCACGUUGGAGCAGCAGCCCCUAACGUCCCCCAGGCCCUCCUGGAUCAGCUGAAGCCCGGCGGGCGGCUGAUCCUGCCCGUGGGCCCGGCGGGGGGGAACCAGAUGCUGGAGCAGUACGACAAGUUGGAGGACGGCAGCACCAAAAUGAAGCCCCUGAUGGGCGUGAUUUAUGUGCCUUUAACAGACAAAGACAAGCAGUGGUCCAGGGAUGAACUUUGAAGAGGAAGACGGUCCAUAAUCCACCUUUAAGUUUGAACCUGGAGAAACGUGGAUGGGGUGCAGCAGCCCAUGGCAGUGAAAGCAUAGGAAAACAUGCUCUUUGUUUAACGACGGACGAGUCUCACGUGGAGCCCACGGAGGGCUGGGGGGAAAAAAAGGACUGCUUGAAGCUCGGCACAAAAAUAUAGCAGAGGGCUUUUAGUUUUUUAUUUUCAGCCCUGCAUCUUUUUUGGUUGUAUGUUGGAUUUUAGAUUUGGGUUAUUAUUAUUUUUGGGUUUCAACGUUUGAUUUGCAAGCAGCUAUUUUUACAGUAUUACAUUGCAGCUGAAUGUAAGAGGGAUGCCGGACAUCAACGAGGAAACUUUAAGAUAAUCCGCCUAGCAACAGCGUGUGUGUGUGUGGAUCAUUAAACUGUAGACCUCUCUGCUAACAUGAGUUUACUCCUAACAGCAUUAUAGGAACACACAACGGCCGAAGAAACAACACUUCCUGUGUCAUAUGCAGCACUCAUUCUAUAGAAUAAGAAAAGCAUCGGGUUAUACUGAACAUACUACAAAGAGAGCCGUGCACACAUAACACCGUGCACAUCACGCCUCUGUUGCUUUGUGCCGCUGGUUUCACAUUUAGCUCUCCUGGUGGCUGAUACUACAUGGGAUAGUCACUGCUUUGCCAACAUGAAACUCCAACAAUAUCAAGCAAAUGAAUGUCAGCGUUCUUGAAAUCAAAAAGCACACUUUAUUUUGGGUGAUGGGAUGAUUUUUGGCUUUCACAGUUUCUGGAAUGGCACAUGAAAAUAAAGAGAUGCUUAUGUUUUUGUCCGGGUCAAAUAUAUAUCAUGACUAAUAAAAAAAAAACUAAUGACCUCA